UAUAAUACCUUCUCACCCUGUAUUCUUCUUUUCACCGCGUUUUUGCGCCUUCGAGGUGUUUAUUCAUGGCGUCUUCGCUUAGAUCCGAUGCGGACAUGGCGAAUGCGUCGUUCUACGAUUCGUUUCGUAAGGCAUACAGUCACAAGGAUUUCUCUAGGGAAGACUUGCAGUGUAGGGAGCCCGUCGGACAGUUUGAUGUUUGGUUCAAGUUGGCGUGUGAUACAAAGAUGGAAGUGGAGCCCAAUGCCGUGGCACUGGCUACCAGUACGAGGGAGGGACGGCCAUCAUUGCGCUACGUGCUGCUCAAAGGCUACGACACACAUGGCUUUCGAUUUUUCACUAACUACAACAGCAGGAAAGGACAAGAGCUGACUUCCAAUCCGUUUGCUUCGAUGACGUUCUACUGGCCCGUUCUCCACCGACAGAUUCGAAUUGAUGGUUUGGUGAGGAAGUUGAGCGAAAAACAGUCGUCUCAAUACUUUCACAGCCGACCGAGGGACAGUCAGAUCGGUGCAUGUGUGAGCCGUCAGAGCGAGGUGAUACCAAACAGACAGAUUCUUGUCGAACGUCGUCAACAACUUCUGGAGACGUAUCAAGACCCAUCGAGCGUUAUACCCAAACCACACGAAUGGGGAGGCUUCCUAUUAGUUCCUGAAGCUGUGGAGUUUUGGCAAGGACAUUCGGAUCGUUUACACGACAGACUGAAGUAUCAACGCGUUCAACCUCUAGAGUUGCCAUUACAAGACGAUGUGUCAACAAGUGACAGUGAAUGGAUAAUACAGAGAUUAUCACCAUGAAUAUUGUUAGUAUGCUGGUUGAUAUUAACAUGUGAUUUUUGAGAGUA